AUGUGCGCGCGUAAGAUGACCGUGUUCUACGUCCUUUUGCUGGUAUCCGCCAUCUCGCUGAUAUCUGCCGCUCCCGUAGGCGAACAAGAUGGUGAUCUCGUGCGGUACGAGAACGUACAACAUGAGAGCGGCUAUCGGUUCUCAUAUGUGACCCGAGAUGGUCAGGAACGGGAAGAGGUCGGUAUGAUCGACCUCAACAAAGGUGUACUAACGGUUAGAGGGUGGUACAGCUUCCGUGCUCCGGAUGGAACCACCCAUCGGGUUGACUUCGUUGCGGAUGAAAAUGGCUAUCGCGUUACGAACGAGCCAGUGGUUGAUGGGCCGCUGCCCGCAGUAGGACAAAUCGACAAGACCUUGCUCUUGUCACUUGUCGGUUAA